AGCACUAUGCGCGUGAAUGAGGUGGUCGAGUGCACUUGCGCAAGGGAGGUGCUGCUUACGUUUUAAGCACAGAGUGGUUAUUUAUUUAUUUAUUUUCGCUUCCUUUUUGUGCGUGGGAGGAGGUGUGGAAAGAGGCAGUGUUUACAAGAUUAAUGAAAAGAUGGCGCUGGUGGGGGGAGAGGAAGAAGGAGCCCACUCGAAAACGAGCAUACACCCGGCUACAACCGGCAGCGCUGCUUCUCGCAGCUCCCUCGCUUUUGGGAUUGCUUCUCGGGACAGGGACACCCGCGUCCAGGAGCUUAAGGCAACGCUGGUGGAGGCACUGGGACCAUACGAGCCGCUUGUCACCUACCUGCAGUCGGUGCUUGUGUGGGAGAAGCCGUUGCACAGCCUGCUACUCUACGUGGGAGUCAAUGGCCUGUUUUGGUUCUUUGUUCUUACCUCCUUGCGCAUGAUUUUUCUGCUGUCAUUCAGCCUGACUGUGAUAGUAUGCAUUGACACUUGGAAAAACAAGAUAUGGCCAGAAUUCGGAGUGAAACAUCCGGAGGAUCCUGAGACUGAAAGCUGGGGUCUGGUGCAUCCUGGUCUGCUAAGCAUUCCGGAGCUGUGCCAUCAUGUUGCUGCACUGUGGGUCAGCGGAGUGUCUUUUUCAAGAAACCUGAUGCUUUUCAAGCAUCACAAUCCAGGCAAGUUCUGUCUUUUAGCCUGUGGCUUCUUCACGUUUUUGGCAGUGCUGGGCCGCUACAUUUCAGGGCUGCUUCUGUCCUAUGGCAUGUUACUUGCUUUAUUGCUGUGCCCUUUGGCAAUGUAUCACAAAGUGGGCCAGAAAAUCCAUGCUUGGCUGGAACCUGCUCUUCUGAGGUUUGACUUCAGUGUUCGAGGUUACAUGAUGACAAAACAGAAGGAGAGACAAAUGCUAAACAAAGGUUAUACACAAGGGUCCAUGGUAGAAGGCAGUGACAGUGAGGAGGAGCUAGCUGCAUUUUGUCCCAAGCUCGAUGAUACAGGCUUGGCCAAAGAGUUGGCAAUCACAGACUCUGAGCACUCCGAUGCAGAGGUGUCCUACACAGAUAAUGGUACUUUCAACCUAUCUCGUGGCCAGACACCACUCACUGAAGGCUCUGAAGAUCUGGACCGUCACAGUGAUCCUGAAGAAUCUUUUGCCCGUGAUCUUCCAGAUUUUCCUUCUAUCAAUCCUGAAGCUACCAUUCUUGAUGAUGAUGAAGAUACCAGCAUCGGCAUCCCCAGCGUUUCCUAUCGAUCCUUUCCACGGGAGAGGGGGCGCCUGUACUCUGAUCAGGAAGAAAUUGAUGCAGAACUGUCGCUAAGCGGGUUACCCCCUCCACAGAACUUCACCACAGACCUAGCAGGAGUCCUGGCCAGCAAUAUGAUUCAAGCAGCCUUGAUAGGUGCUGCCCAGAGUUCCAGUCAGAGAGACGCUACCCAGAGAGCAACUCGGGGCUACCGCAAGCAAUCUAGCUCCGAGUUGGACACUGAUGUCGAAGGGGAUGAUUUUGAAAUGCUGGACCAGUCUGAGCUGAACCAAAUUGAUCCCACCAGCUCUCAGAGUCACCAGAAGGAAAGCCAGCAAGCACAACAUUCCAGUUCAGGUUUCCUAGCCAACCUUUUGAGGAAGCAGUAACUCUUCCCCACCCCGCGUUCAAAUGUCAAUAUGCUCUAGUUCUCCUUGGUGUUUUGCUGUGGCAACCAAACAGUUUUGGUUGUAUUCAUCACUGUGAGGUAUGAAGCAGCAAUUGCUUCACUUUGGCCCACCCUGACAAGCGUGUUCUUUUCCUUUUUUUUGUUUCCUGCACCUCCACUUAUUUAAAAAGAAAAAAAAAAUCCCAAUCCCCACGAACAAAACUUUAAUUAAACGAGAAAGUGCACUCUUGGAAAUGCUGAAGACUUUUCAAUAAUGCCGCUAGGUUUGAGAAUGUGUGCUCACACUUUGGCUUGAAUCAGAAUUGAAAUCAUGCAGGAACCCUUUGUAAGUUUACACAUGCUGUAUUUUUACUUUUUUGGGUGUACAAUUUAGUACACUGAAUUUCAGACCACGCACUUUAGUAUUGAAAUAUCAAUGGAAUAUGUGAAAUAACAGAUGGCCUAUUCCGAAAUAUGCUUUUAUUUUUAUUGUUAUUUGCGGAAUAUUGAGUGAAUAGCUGUAAUUUGUAUUCCGAUGGCUGCAUAGCUGGAUGUUCACUUGCAGGAUACUGAACACCUCACACUGCUAAGAUCAGUUUUGGUUUCUGUUUACACACACUUUUGUUUUGUGCAAUAAGGGUGUGGUCUUUUAUUAUUAUUAUUUUUUUUGCUCUAGUGAAAGCCACAAAUAAGAGAUUUUUACAGCCAUAAGGAGAAUGGGGUUCUCAUUUGGUAACUGACAAUAAACAAAUUAAGCACUUGUUAUCGCAAUGAAGAAUAUUAGACAAUGUUUAAGUUGUAAGUUAGCUGAAUUCUGGUGCUUUUUGUGAAGUUUAAUGUAUAUAUUUGUAUAUUUAUCUUUUUAAAUUUGUAUUCAUAUCACAGGACCCUGUGUUCACAUUCCAAAGUUUAACAAAUCGUUUACUUAAGAAUGUAGAACUUUUGUGGUUGGUGUCGUAAAGGAAAGCAGGGUUGGAAAGAGAGGGAACCGCAGUAGCCGUACUCUGCACGAUAGAGUGCCGCCCAGGAUAACGCGUCUGGCAAGAGGUGGACGGCCGACUUUAUCUUAAAAUGCAUUUCUUCAGAGUGAAAUGACAUUAAA